AUGUACUGUGACCGUGGACAACUCAUCUAUGGGAAAAAUCCCCCAAAAACUAAACCGAAGAUGUAUUAUGUCUAUUUCAAUUUACAUGUGAGGGCUGCCAAAAGAGUUCGAAUGAUAAUAAACAAACAACAUAUAAAUUUCACAUACGAUAAUAAAUCAAGUCGUUACGAUGGCUACGCAAACUACAUAUUUGUUGAAAAGGAAUCUAUUUAUGCGACUUGUUUGAAUGCUGAGGAACGGGGCAAAGUCCAAUUAAUUUAUUCGAAGACAGUCUCUUUUUUAGGUGUGAAAUCGAAGGCUGUACUUGAUUCUACAUCACUCACGAUAAAUUUACAUAUGGGCCUAAACAACUCGUACCUGGACUGCGAGUAUAUAUCAGUAGAACCGAACGACAAAUACAACUACAGGGUAUAUUUUAUAACUGAAUAUGUUCCGUCUAACCUCACCCAGCUUUAUACAAAUGGUAGUUCUUUUAAUAUAUUCUUAAUAUUGGGAUGUAUUUCUGGUCUUUUAUUAAUAAUCACUAUUGUGGGCAUAGUUUACUGGCGUAAAAGACAGCGACCAACGAAAGACACCGAGACACCUUACAACGAUCUUCAAAAUGAGAAUGAAAUGACUCCAAUACCCGAAUCGAUGUACGACUCGUGUUUCAGUGAAAAUUUCUCCGAUAUACAAUCAAAUAAUGACGUUCUGAAAAGUUCAGACAAUUCUGAACCUUAUUAUCAUAGCUAUGAGAAAGUAAAUUAUUCACAAUGCAAACCAAAAUUAGAUGAACCUCAACAGCGUGCGAGCAAAAUUUAUAAUGAACCUUAUGAUCAUUUUAGAAAACUUCGCAGUAAGAAAUAG